CAUUACUUUGCGCAUAAUAUCACUAUGUAAUCUAAACAAUAUAGUAGGAAGAAGUGACAUAUAGAGGAGAGGGUAGUUGAUGCAGCCGGCGCGAGGGUGCGUGACGGUGCCUUCCUCAGCCCUCAGGACCAUGGCGCUGCAGAAAAACAUCAUCCAAGGCUAUGGCCUUGGAGUGCGUGCAGCAGUGGUGACUUCGGGCAACCAGCGACACUCCUCAUCAGAUGUACGCUUUCUCACCAAACCGAACUUGGCUGCCCUCAAGAAGGGGCGCGGUGGCCGGUCCUCCUUCUCUGGGGAUGUGUGCACCGUGUUUGGGGCGUCAGGCUUCAUUGGACGUUACGUAUGCAACCGCCUUGGCAAGAUUGGAUCACAGAUCAUCAUCCCAUACCGUGGUGACCACUAUGAUGUGCUGCGGCUGAAAAUGGUGGGGGAUCUUGGCCAGGUGCUGUUCAUACCAUACCACCUUUGUGAUGAGGACGCCAUUCGCAAGGCUGUCAAGCAUUCCAACAUCGUCAUCAACUUGGUUGGUCGUGACUGGGAGACACGAAACUUCUCCUUUGAUAAGGUGCACGUGGAAGGUUCCCACCGCCUAGCACAUAUCUGCAAAGAGAUGGGAGUUGAGAGGUUUCUGCAUGUGUCUGCCCUCAACUCGGACAGAGAACAUGAGGGUUACUUCCUGAAGGGCGGCUCCAAGUUCCUGAAGACAAAGGGCCUGGGAGAGCAGGCAGUAAGGGAUGCUUUCCCUGAGGCCACCAUCUUCCGUCCCAGUGAUGUGUAUGGCCAAGAAGACAGAUUCUUAAGAUACUAUUCUGGCAUCUGGCGUCACCAGGGAAAGCUGCUUCCUCUGCCUAAGGGUGGGAAAGAUAUUUGGAAGCAGCCAGUGUUUGUAAGUGAUGUUGCGCAGGGCAUUGUUACCGCCAUAAGAGACCCAGAAACUGCAGGCAAGACUUACGAGGCUGUGGGACCUCGUCGAUAUGAACUUGGUGAACUAAUUGAUUGGUUCCACCGCGUGAUGCGUAAGGAUAAGGAAACUGGCUACAUGAAAUAUGACAUGAAGUGGGAUCCCACUUUCCAACUGAAGGCACGCUUGACAGAAUUCCUCCCCUCGUGGCCUGUCAACACACUCACCAGGGACAAAGUGGAAAGGGAGGCAGUAACAGACAUCACAACAGGUCUGCCCACACUGGAGGACCUGGGCGUAAUUCUUACAAAGAUGGAGGACCGCAUGGACUGGGAGCUGAAGCCGUUCAGGGCUGGCAGCUAUUAUGACGAGGAAGUGGGAGAGUUUGAGCCGCCUGCACCUCCCAAGUAUAUUGAGGCUCGUUGAUUACCAGGUAGUGGAGGCGUUGCUUACUCUAUCACUUUAUAAUUAUUAGUGUCAAUAUUUAUCUAGAGCAGAGUGAAAAUUAAGAGAUUUGACACAUGUGCUACUGCUUAAAGAAAAUAAUGGUAAUUUCAGGUGGUUGACAUUGUAAAUAGUAUUGUACAUUGGGAGAAUGUUAUUCAGUGAUAGAAACAUGUAUAAUAAAAUAAAAGUUUUAAGAGA